AUGAAGAAAAAAUGGAAGACUGCUUUAAGAAUAGGCAAGCCAAUUUCACCAUCAAUGAGAGUUUGUUCUCAUCAUUUUCAAGCUUCAGACUUUUUUCCAAACAAUUCUAAGAGGCAGAAGUUGUUUCCUUAUGUCGUACCGUCUCAGAAUAUACCUAAAAGAAGCUCUGAUAAAGAAGUACCAUUAGCCCAAAAAAUAAAAUCAAAUGCUCGAGAAAAUGGGGCUGAUAUUAGACACAGGAAAAUAGUGGAAUCAAAUAAAGAGCUUGGACUUGCUAUUGAGAAUGAAGAAACUAAAUUUGAAGAUGGAUUUGAGGGCAAUAAUGUAACUGAUAACAACAGUCAUCUUCAUGUCAUGACUUCAUCGACACAAGUCAAUUUAGUGGAUUACAGAAAUUAUCGUCCCCGAGUAGAUUUGAGUAUAGCUGACAUUCUUUGUGACAAAGAACCUUUGGAAAAGUGCACUCAAAUAAAUUUUCUUCCUAUGUGGGAAGAGGAUAGAUCAGCUUUAAAGCAAUUAACCCUCUCAGAUUUACUCAGCAGUGAUAUGUAUUUAUUUACUUUUACGGGUAUUCAUUCAAUAGAAGUUUUAGAAACAUUGGUGACUUGUGUUAGUGAAUUGGCUUUAGAUGCUCCAACAAAUAAGAAAGUGUUAUCUAAAAUGGCUAAGAGAAGAUAUACAGAUGAAGAAUUAUUGCGGUAUUUAGAAAAUUCAGAUGAAGAACCAUUUAGUAGUGGAAGUGACGAAGAAUAUCAGCCCAACGAUGAAGAUGAAGACAUCGAGGAUACCGAGGUAAUUGCAGAUUUUAUAGCAAGUAGUGCAGGCAGAAGUACUGAGAGUCCGUUACCCACACCAGCAAGUUCAUCAUUAUUCAAACCAUCUGAUGCCGAAUGGAAAAGAGAUGUUUUGCCUUUAGGGAGGGAAACGUUUAUAGGCAAUCACGGUGUACAAAAUAUCGACGCAAUUACUGAAGAUGGGAAAGUUAGUUUGUUUAAAAUUUAUGCUUAUUUUGCACUUGAUGAUUUAAUUGAUGUUAUGGUCAUUCAUACCAAUAAUUACGCUCAGUUGUUAAAGGAAUUACGAACUGCACAAUUUAGUCGAAUGACGAGAUGGAAAGACGUCACUAGAGAGGAAUUGAAAACAUUUUUUGGAGUGAUAAUCUACAUGGGUCUCAAUCCUAAGCCGUCCAUUGAGCACUACUGGAAAUUAGACGUGCUAUAUUAUAAUCCUCUUAUGCACAGAAUAAAUAUGUCGUAUAACAGGUUCAUCUCCAUUCUAAGAUACUGGCACUUUACAGAAAUCCAAAUAGGUGUCAUUGGAGAGCAAAAAACUCAUAAAAUUGACCCAUUCAUACAUAAAAUGGUAAACAAUUUUCGUAGUCUUUAUAUACCUUCCGAUAUUAUUGUCGUUGAUGAGUCAUUGGUCAAAUUUCAUGGAAGGUUGCUAAUAAGAACUUAUAACCCAGCCAAAACAGAUCGCUACGGUAUGAAAAUAUAUAAGGCCUGCACAAUAAAUAGCUACACAUGGUCCUACCAAAUUUAUUCCGGGAUUUCGCAUCAAUUAGAGGGUCUUGAUAAACCUGGUUCAACAGUGGUACAGCUUACAGAGCCGCUUUUAGAUACGGGUCGUAUUAUUAUGCCAUUGGCUGAGUAUCUAAAAGGUCGUAAUACUGAUUUAUGCGGCACUUUACGUAAAAAUAAAAGUAAUUUGCCAGAAGAAGUAGUAAAAGCGAAGCUAAGAAGGGGAGAACAAAUAGCUAGACAAAAGGACAACCUCUAUACUGUACUAAAAUGGCAUGAUAAACGCGAUGUCCUUAUGAUCUCAACCUGCCAUGGAGACGGUAUGUCUAACAUCACUACCAAACGCGGCGACGUUAUGAAACCUGAUGCAAUCAUCGAUUACAAUGAUGCCAAAAAAGGCAUUGACAUUUCAGAUCAACUUGCUUCCUUUCAUUCGCCGUUACGUAAAAAUUUUACAUGGUACAAAAAGAUAGCAAUAGAUUUUCUAUUUCAAGUCGCCAUUAUCAAUGCCAGAUGCUUCUACAACGAGUUGGCAGACGGUCCUAAGUUGACAGUUUUACAAGUCCAACAACAUCUAGUCCGACAUUUUCUUGGACCUGUAGCAUCAACAACAGAAAGAAAUCAACCUCAAAAAUCUUCCAUCUCCUGUAGCUCUCCAAGAUCUUCAACAGCUUCUUCAAGCAAUUCUAGAUAUUCUCUACAAGAAAUACCUCGAAAGGCAAACAAUCAACUCGUCCGAAAAAGAUUCACUGGGUGCUAUGUCAAAUUGAAAAAUGAAGGAUUAUUCGCAAUAAAAGCGAAGCAAAAAAAUGAGUCACAGGUGACUCAUGAACUUAUUCUAAUAAGUUCUUGUGAGUCGUAUAUGACUCAUUGGACAUGGAAGUUGUUAAAUAAAUGCGAGUUUAAUGAUGGAGUGAUGGUGGAUAAAGGAUACAGGAUUGAAUCCGAAUCGUCUGCUUCAGCUUGUCAGGCCUCCUUUCUUGAGUCAGAAAAAGCAGAUGACCAAAGAAGAUACAAUCCGCACUGCAGAGAUUGCACGGGCAAGAGUGCAUGUUGA